CGUUGCCAUUCUCUUAGGUUUUAUCCUGGAAAUAGAAAAAACCGGAAAUCCGUAUUUGUUUGCACCCUUAAGAACGAGUGCUUAAACCCUUCUUUGCCGGGAUUGAAGGGUCGUUGAAGAUGUAGUUCGGUAAUUAUGGUGACCUAAAAAGAUUGCGGAAGUUGUAGUUAUUCCUUGUGUGCGUGAUAUAAUAGGAUUUUUUUUGUCGGGUUUUAUUUUCUUCAACCCCCAGAGGAACCAUGUUUUCGUGUUUGUGGCAAAUAUGGGAUUGGCUCGAUCCCAGCAAAAUGGACAAAAUUCAAAAAACCCAAACUUUCGAAAACAACUUAUCCAUGAACCACCACCAGGACAACAACAUACCAAAUAACGACUCUACGGUCCAUCAAAUGCAUCAACAAAGCACCAAUCCCCACUACUAUCCAGUUAUCCAUCAACAUUCUCAAAUGUACAACAAAAACGUACCCCAUCCUGCACAAUCUCCACUUCUACUCAACAUCACCAGUCAACAAAUGCUCCAAGCCACGACCCAUAGACAUUUCCAACAUUAUCCUCAAUACAAUAUGCCGGUCAAUGUCAAUUCCAACGAUUAUGCUCAUCAACACUUGCAGCCGAGAAUUAAUAAUCCACAAACUCCAAAUAGUUUAAACCACGCAAACAUUACCAAUCCAAAUGCUACGCCAGAGGUACCAAAGCAAGAACCUAGUAACGAAACACCACCAGCUAAGGCAUCUACACCAAAACCAAAAAUCAAGGAAGGAGAAAAGAAACAGCUCAGAUCGCCUACUGCCAGAAGACCUCUCAAUGCCCCGGUAGCUAUACAAGGAUGGUUGCAUAAGCAAGGCUCCGAAGGGCUUAUGUUAUGGAAGAAAAGAUGGUUCGUCUUGUCGGAAUAUUGCUUGUUUUAUUAUAAAGGACUACAAGAAGAAAAGUUGCUAGGCUCUAUCUUGCUUCCAUCCUACAAAGUCUCUGUGUGUGGACCCGAAGACAAAGUCAACCGAAAGUACGCCUUCAAGUGUGAGCACGCCAACAUGCGAACUUAUAUAUUGGCCGCCGACUCGCAAGAUCUCAUGAUGCAAUGGAUCCAUUUGCUGAGUUUAGCUUGCAACCUCCAAAAUAAUAUAGAGCCAACGAAAGAGCAAGGAAACCAGCCAAACAACUCCGACCCCAACCACUUCAACACAAGUACAGUAUCAGGACAAGCCAGUGUUUAUGGAAACCACACAAAUACUCCAAGCAGACCCAAUCCUACACAUACUCACACAUCAAGUAACUCCAGUCAGCAAGAAAUGAUUCAGUAUAGCCAACACCUAUACGCAAAUGCUCCACCAAAACCAAGAAGACUGGUUGACGGUUACUGUUCACCCGGACCAGAAAUGUUAUAUCCCAACUAUCAAGGGCCUAGAAGUGGCGCUUCCAGUGUUUACGGAAGACAAAUGCACCCCCAAGAGCGAAUAUAUAACGAUAGAGUGUUUUUAGGGCCUCAAAAUUUAGACAGAAGAACUCCAGAUACUUACGCAAGAAGUAAUAUGUCUAAAUAUAGAAACCCAUCAGAUUAUGAAGAUGUUUAUAGCGAACAAACCGCUUAUAAAAGGCCUUUGAGUCCUGUUGCUGCCGAUAAUGUGCUCAAAAAAACCUAUCCUACUGUAAAUGUCGCCUACGCUCCUCCAUCAAUAGAAAUGCUAAGACCUCAUUAUCCAGAUCCUGUUAUUAUGAGAAAACCACCACCACAAACGAUUAUAUCCAGACCUCACAGUGCAGACUUUUUGGAAUAUAAGCCGGACAAACUGGAAUCCAAUCCGUCCGUUACGCCAGUAUCUCAACAAGUGAGGCCAAAGUCUAGUUUGGAUAUCAACAUGUACUCCAAAGAUUAUUGUGAGCCAAUGCCCAACAGCUAUUUUGUUGGAAGUAGGCAGAGGGACAACGAUUAUUUUUAUUCUCAAGAACGCUAUGCUGAAAAAAUGCGUAAAAGUGCUCAGUAUUUACAAAAAAUGCCUGUCAAAUACCAACAAGUGGAUCCUAGUCAUAGAAAACAUAGGGAACAAUACGAAUUGGAUAUGCUUAACGGUUAUGCCUAUAAUAGACCGUUCAGGGAUCAGCAAACUCCUACUUUACAACCUGUGAGAAGUCGGAGUGCUUUGAGUGAAGGUUCUCUGCUCUGCGCUCAAGAUAUCGAAAAUGAUAGUAUUUCUAGAGAGUAUCCGUUAGGGCACGAACAAAAUUUGACGACUAGUGUUAGAAAUGCAGCUCAAGAGCAGUUUACGAGAUCAGCUAGUGCCAGGUUGUCACAAACAAAUAAUUAUGAAGAAAAUGUUAACAGAAUGGAAGGAGAAAGAAAGAGGGAAGAAUCUAUGAAGAGGCUUCUGGAAUGGAAACAGAGAAUGCUUCAGUCGCCUUUGAACCGAAAGGCACAGGCUCAAGCUUACAGAGGAUAUCCGAUUGGUAAAGAAAACGCCUAUUAUACUGCGGACAAAAAGCAGAAAAAGUCGACAAUAACGAAUAGAAGAUCCGUUCACAAUUUGGUGCAGUACAACAGCUACUCCUCGGAUGAUGAAGCCUCGGGAUCGAUAUCGAUAAACACAAGAGACGCUACUCUGGGAAGGGAUACUUUUCCAAGGGGAAUGACUACGAAGCAAAAUGUUACUCCCAACAUGCAAAAUAUGCAAAGCAGAAGUAUUACGAAUUUGGAUCGAGCAACUUAUAAAUAUGACAAAAAUACACCAAAUUAUCCAACGUGGACGAAUCAGUCACAAUAUAACAUGUACGAGCGAGACCAAGAAUUCAGGACAUCUCAAAAUGAAAUAGCUUCAAAGACGAAAAUAAACGUAUCGGCCGGAGAACUUCUAGGUAGAACUCACGAAGAACUAGUCCUGCUUCUGAUCCAGCUGCGUAGGCAACAAGCACAAACAUUUCAGGCAAUAGAAAGUUGCUAUAAUGAAAUUGAUUCCUUACAGCUACCUACUAUGAACAAUAUGGAUCAAAUGAAACGAAUGGAAAACCUUCAAAAGUUGGAAAGGAUCAAGCAAAACCUUUUAGAACUCGAAAAACAAUACGAAAAACGAAAACCUUUGGUUAAUCUGGUAGAUAACAUGGUCAAACUGGGAACUUUAUAUAGAAAUCCUAAUGAAAGGAGUGAUAUAGCGAGACAUAUCCGUGAAAGACUGGAAUUCAACCAGCAAGUUCAAGAACGUAGACUUUUAGCUGAAGAAAAACGCGACUGGAAUAGAAUCGAACCCAGCCACUUGCAAUUGCAAGAAAAAGUCAGACAAUUAUACCAGCUGGAUGGCCUUAUCCAAGAAGAAUCAAGAAAUCUCCAUAAUCUGCAAAGAGACAAAGAAGACAUAGAACGAGCCCUUGGAGGUCUGAGAAAUAGAUUAAUGAAAGGCUUAAAUACUCCCGAAGAAAUCGAGCAUGCUAGAAGACAACAGUUUAUAUUAGAAAACGAACUGAGUAGGGUGCACUUGAUGUUGGCACAAAAUUCCAAAAAACUAGAAGAAACUGUUGCUGGAAAUGCUCGAUUAGAACAAGAGCUGUUAGUUUUAAAACAAAAAUUGCAAACUUCCCGACAACAGAGAAGCUCGCCGCAAUUUUCCAAUGCAGGUGAUAGUCUGCCAUAUCUAUCCGGAUCUAGUCAAGCUUUGGAAUCCAAUUUAGAAAGAGUGCAGAAGAAAAUCGGGGACCUUCAAAAACAACGUGAGGAGUUAAGUCUUCAAGUCAGACAAUUAACCGACAGAUCUAGUACGCCUCGUUUAAAUCAGAACAGACAUUCUUCUCCAAUUGACAAUCAUUCACCAAAUAGUUAUUGUAACAAAAAGAAACCAAUAACAUCGUCUUGGCGCGAAACAGAUUUGGACACUAUGAAUUCCAUAGACCACGGCUACGACAGCUACUCUAGUCCAUCUACAACACCUUUAUACAUUAACACCGACAUAAAAACACCUCCGGAAUUCCAGGACCGCAGCGACUCGACAAGCGACGAUACUGGCCUGUCUUCCAAUCCGCUCGAAAAACAAGAAAUAAAAACAGUCAGGAUUGUUAAAAGAGAAUCGGAACGUCGGCAAAGAGAUCGAGAAAAAACUUUCAAUGGAAAAUGCGAUCCUUUGGUUGAAGAAGACGAUUCCUCUCAAGGAUCUUCUGUGCUGUUUAGGCCCACAUCGUUACCACAAAAACUGCCAUAUGAACACCAUUCUUUGCCUACUAGAACUAACAACAAGCAAAAAUCUGCACAACAACUCAGUCCUGUGUUUAAAAGUGAAGCUGCUAGACAAAUUAUCACAGAGGUAGCAAAUAAGAGCCCCACAGCUCAAUCUCAGCGCAGAGCUAUUCCAAAAGAACGCAGAAGACACCAUACAGCACCCCACGAAAACCUAAUGACCCUAGGGAGUAUUGAAGGCCGGCGAGCAAGAGACGAUUUGGAUAUUGAACGAGCUUUGAGGCAAAGAAUAGAUGCCCCCGAUUUGGUGCGAUCAACUCUGAGCAAUAAAGAGCUGAAAUACAAUGAAGAAACUAUCGAUAAUCUUCUGAGUACGCCGAAUAAAAUUUUUAUACCCGAGAGGUAUAUACCAGAGCACAUGCCGGCACCGAGUGCUGAAGAAGAGGAGCGGCGAAAGAAGAAAGUGGAGAGUAUAAAGAAAAUGUUGUCGGAUAGUGCCAUUAUAAGUGCUCCAACGACGUCAUCUCAUAAUGAUGAUAAAUCUCCAUCAGACAAGAAACCUAGUCCUAAUGGUAAAGCCGCACCGACCUCGAGUAUUUCGGAAGAAAAGAAGCAAAGAGAGCAUUUGCUCCAACUAAAUCAGAUUCUAGCCAAGCAGGUCAUGGAAAUGAGCAAAGUUGUUGCAGUGAAAAAUUUGACUGCCUUGAAAUUGGCACCGCAGCCUUUUAGCACCGAAGAAGAAGACUCGUCCCCGGUGGCUCCAUUGCCCUUGUACCAGCAACGCGAAAAUUUUUACAGUUAAACAAUAUGAUGAACCAUAAUGAAGAAAAACAGAAAUCAAAUUCUUCAUUUUUGGUUUUUGUUAGAAGAACAGACCCAUAUUAUUUCUUAGAUAAUUGUAUAACCGAUAUAUAAAUUUCUAUUCUAAGACUGAUAUGUUUAUGUAUAGCAUAGACAGUUCGUCCAAGCAAACACCAAGAAGACGAAUUUAGUUAAGUGUCAAUUUUUCAAUCUACUAUUAGUCUUAUGAUGACAUGUUUCAAUUGAUAUUAUCAUUAUUCAGGGUAUAAUUUACAGCAACUCGGUUAAUUAUUCAUCUCAAAUGUGCAAUGUAUUCAUGGAGAGAUUAUUCAAUAGUGUAGAUCAAAACAUCUCAUCUUUAUUUUUCUCGUUUUACUUUCAUUUAUCAAACGUGUGUAAAUUGUUGUAAAAUAAAUACGUAUCAUAUCAUUUGGAGAAUCCAUUAUCAUAUUGAUUAUAAAAAGCAGUCUCCUAACUGGUGCAAAAAAAUCAACUGGCAAGUCUGUGUAGAAUUUUUUGGUAAGGAAUUAGUAUAUUUUAGCAUUUCAAUAAUUUUGAGGAGCCUAACUUUAACUAUGUCUGUUAUAUGAAUUCCGAAUUAAAUAUCUACAUAUAUUUCCUGAUCUAAAUCAAGCCAAAUAACCGAUAGCCGAAAAUAGGUUUUCAUGGUUUCAGUCACUUUUGCUCAGAUAUCAAAUUGUGUAUUUAUUUCGUCGAAUAACCGAAUUCGGCAUUUGUGUCAUAUCAAUUAUGGAAAGAAGAAAGAACAAAUAUUGGAUAGCUCACAAGUACCUAUUAGUUAUUGAUAUAAAAUGCAGAAAAAUAAACCAGAAGGAUAGCGCUUAUAUAAGAGGCAUUGUUAAAAAAGUUGCUCUCAAACUGACUGAUCAUAGAGAUAUAAUUUUCUUGUUUCUAUUAGUGUACCUUUAUUGUAAAGUACAAAAUAUUUAUUCUAUUGUUAAUAUAUUAUCUUCGAGUAAGUAGACAUUUUAUUUUUUCUAAUCGAAACGAAUUAUUUCGUCAAUUUAUAGAAAUCGAUGGCCUAUAUUUAUAGUACUGCACAUUUUAUUUACUUUUAGUUGGUUAAGAGUGUACAAAUAACUUCUAAACAUAUUUAUGAACUGACUAUAGACAAUAAGGUUCACUUGUUAAUGUAUUUGUAUGUAAAAAUUGGUUGCUAUUUGCAAAGAAAACUAAUGAUAGGUUCCAAAGCAACAUAAUUAUCCUCUACCUACUUUAAAUUAUAUCCUUUAGAAAGUACUUGUCUCCACAACUCACCUUGAACAACUAAAUAUUUAUAACUUCAUAGAUUGUUGAUGGUGUGUUGAGGUUCAUGUUUCUAUUUUGAAUGCUGGAUAAUACCCUUCGUUUUAAGGAUCCAAUGUUAAUGCAUUAAUUAUAGUCACAUAUUUUGCCCCGGUUGGCUCUGAUAUAUUGUUAAAGUUUGUAAAUAGAUAACCAAUAAUAAUUAUUAUCGUAUUUCUAGGUUGAAAACUCGGUUAUAAGAAAAAAGCGCUUCCACUUUUUCUGUGUAAAUAUUAUAUAUAAAUAUAAAGGAUAUUUUGUGUUGUAUAAAACUUUUUUAAGCGUUAUGUUGCAAAAUGUACUAUAAACAGUCUUCGAAAUAAACGGACAUCAAUAUAACUG